UACAUCGGUUAUUCCAAUCUAUUUAUGGCAAUCAUCACUGUAAUCAUUAAUCACUUGGGUCUGCGAGGCUCGUAGCAGUGAAGCAUCAUCUGUACAUUUCUCAAGCAUCGUAAUUUUUAUUAACGGAAUUAGGACGCAGGUGGUCUGGAGCUGAGAGGCUGCAUGCGUGCGCAGCGGCCGCGGCUCGGGGCGGCAGGCGGCGCGCGGCAGUCGGCAUGAGGCGCGCGAGGAGCGUCACGGGGCCCUUGCGCCGCGCCCACCCGGCCUCGGGCGCCACCUGGAACGUCCAGGUGGUGAAGGGCAAGAUGAGUUCGACCUGUUUAUGGCACGCCUGCAGGGCUCUGUCAGCUGGCUUGCUGCUGAUGCUGCUUGGAGCCGCCAUGGCUGUAAUAGGGUACUACGCGGACACGCUGUCGGUGGCACAGGAGAUACGCGGCAAUUCCACAAUCUCUGUGAAGGAUGAGGCGAGAGGCUUCCAUCUCAAUAACCUCUCGUAUGCAGGGCCAAUCGUUAUGGGCUUUGGAGGAUUCAUCGUGGUAGCGGCGUGUGUGAUGACAUUCGAAGCGAGGGACAGUGCAGCAAAGGUGACACCCGCGCGGCCGCAGGCGCUGCCUAGACCCCUGCCGCGGCGCGGGCCAGCGUGCGCUGCACCCGCGCGGCUCGACCAGCUCGGCGUGUACCGGCUACCGCACGUGCUUCCGCUGCCGCACGCACUGCCACUCGCUCCGCUACCGCACCGCCAUCGUCCCACUCAUCACAGAACUGGUGGAGAGAGAGGGAAGGCUCGGGCUCGGUUUGGAUCGGCGCCCGAUCUGCAUAGCGCCAGUACCCGCGCCGCCAUGCCCGUCAGUGCGCUGCGCCGGCCGCUGCGCCGCUACGCCCUCUCCGUAGACGAGCCCCCGCAGUCAGCAGUUAGUGCCAGUGCAGCCGAGUCUGAGUGUGGGUCGCAGUCGUCGCUAGCACUGGACCUGCACGGCAGUGGCGCGUGCGCAGGCAUCACAUUGCGCGUGCGCGACAACACGCGCCGACGGCCACUAGCACGUCAGCAGCGACUCAGGGACGACACUGUUCAUCCAACUCCGGUAGCGAGUAUCAGCAACAUAAAUAACAUCGAAGAGCCUACAUUCAGGUUGGAAGAAGAAUCUAGCAGUAAAAACCCGGUGGAAAUGCAUUUAUGUGUGGAGCAAGAGGAACGGGCGAGCAGUGCACCGCCCGCGCCACCGCCGUCCUCACCGCCGCCAUCGCCUCGGCUCGUCGUUACCUCAUGCUUGCCCGAGCGUCCGAGCACACCGCCAGAGACCUACAUCGUCAUCGAACCCGCGCAGCAAUCCCCUGAACACGAUGUUGACGAUAAAUGAGAAAAGCCUCAGUCUCGCCUUGACGAGACAAUCCAACGAGUCGCAGACGCGGAGGACGCCUCUUGUUAAUAAUUUUGUAUGAAUUAUACAACGUUUUUCGGUUAAUACGAGAGAAUAAUGUAUUGUACAAACAUACAUUUACUUACCGAGUUUUCGAUGUGUCUUCAUAAAACGGCGACAAUUAGUAUCUAUUUUUAGACCCACUAUUAUGAGGUAAUAUAUAGAUAAUUUGUAUAUACCUAUGUGUAUUUACGCAAUCUAAUAUAACAAAGAUGUAGGCCUACCAACUGGCAAUAAUAACAUCUUUCAAUCUAAAUAUUAUGGUGCCGUAGCAAUGAAAAUAUUUGUAAAUGUUUGUACGAUUAUAUAUAUAGAAAAAGUAUUAGUGCGUUGCGAUUAGAAAUCAUGUCGGUUAAGAAAAACAACAAAAUUGUAAGUAACUCCAGUAAUUAUGUAUUACAAAAACAAUCGUAGUACCGUGGACCUCGGUGAGCACAGACACUGACUGUAGAUAGUAUCUAUCUAAGUACCCAUAGCACUGCAUAUGAAUGCGUCGAAUCUCGAGUCGUACAACCUAAAUGUUGAUUGUAUUUGUUUAUUGAGAUAAGAUGUUAUGUUAUGAAUGUAAGAUGUUAUUGAAGGCCUACACCACUGUCAAUGUCCGGCGAUUUAUUAUAAUGACACUCAUAAUACAGCAAUAGACGCGACAGUAUCGCAUCCUCAAUCGUAGAGCUAUUGCGUAUCAGAUUACAUAAUAUUAUUCAAUGUCAAUCAUCUUAUACUUUCAUCUACAAAAAUAUUUAAAAUCACUUAAUUAGGUAUUCAAUCUCACUUUAAAAGACACUUUAAGGUUCUUAUCUAAACCAACAAUAUAUAAUCAAGAAACUACUAUCAUUUUUAAUUUAAUCAUUCGUUAUUAAAUUAAAAGACUGAUAAAAGCGAAUUUCGUAUGAAAUCACAUAAUCUUACAAUAAAAUAAAAGUUAAAUCAUUGUUUGUGGAAAAUUCAUAAAGUUCAUAUUA